GAUCUUUGCAUUGCAAGGCUAUAAUUUGCAAUUACAAGAAACUUUUGGACCUUUUCCCAAAUUCAAUUUUGCAAAACUAUACCUAGUGUUUUUGCCGAUUGCAAACGUCGCCGUUAGAACAUCGGCCGUCGUUGCUCCAGUUAGGGCAAGAAAAAGUGAAGUGAAGGUUCAAUGGCGUUGAAAUCAGUAUUCGAUUCUUCAGUGAUUAGGGCAGAAUUCGACAAAGCCGGAAUCAACAAUCGCUUCAUCCCUCUUAUUUGGAAGUAUGUAAUACAGAAUCCAGAUUGCAAUUGGGAAGAUAUUCCAUCUUUGCCCUCGUCAGCUUACACUUUGCUUCGUGCCAAGUUCAAAGCUUCAACUUCUGUUGUCCACUCUGUCUUCGAGUCAAACGACGGGGUUACCACCAAGCUCCUCAUCAAGCUUCAGAAUGGAGCAUUUGUGGAGUCUGUGAUUAUGAGAUAUGACUCCAGCUUGGGGAAAUUAAAUGGAAAGCCUCGUCCUGGAGGACCAAGAUCAACCUUGUGUGUAUCCUCUCAGGUUGGAUGCAAAAUGGGCUGUACAUUCUGUGCUACCGGAACCAUGGGGUUCAAAAAUAACCUGUCUUCUGGAGAGAUAGUUGAACAGUUGGUGCAUGCCUCUCAUUUAUCAACCAUCCGUAAUAUUGUUUUCAUGGGAAUGGGAGAACCGUUGAACAACUACUCUUCCCUGGUGGAUGCCAUACGAGUGAUGACAGCAUCUCCAUUUCAGAUCUCUCCUAGAAAAAUUACAGUCUCAACGGUUGGAAUAAUUCAUGCCAUUAACAAGCUCCACAAUGACAUCCCAAAUUUGAACUUGGCAGUCUCUUUGCAUGCACCGGUGCAAGAUAUCCGUUGUCAGAUAAUGCCUGCAGCAAGAGCUUUUCCUUUGGAAAAACUCAUGAAUGCACUGCAAGAAUAUCAAAAGAAAAGCCAGCAAAAGAUCUUUAUAGAAUAUAUUAUGCUUGAUGGACUAAAUGAUGAGGAGCAACACGCCCAUCAGCUUGGGAAACUGCUAGAAGCAUUUCAAGUGGUUGUGAAUCUCAUACCUUUUAAUCCAAUUGGAUCAUUAAGUCAAUUCAUUACCAGUACAAAUCAGAAAGUCGCCAGGUUUCAGAAAAUAUUAAGGGACAUCUAUGAUAUUCGCACAACUGUUCGCAAGGAGAUGGGCCAAGAUAUAAGUGGUGCCUGUGGUCAAUUGGUGGUUAAUCUUCCAGAUAAACGCUCUAUCAGCAAUGCAGCUCCUCUAACAGACAUCGAGGAUAUUCGUAGGCAGUAGAGUUAUAGAAUUCUAUGUUAAAAGGAGAGACGAUUAGCAGCUCUAUCUACAGGAUCUAUAUUGCUUUCAGUCUCUGCAUUAAGUUGCUGUUAGUCCCUGCCAAUCUGUGGUUGUGGUUGAACUAAGUUGGAUCUCACUUUUCAGAAGGCUUUUGUGGAAAGGUCUUAAUGGAGGAGUGAAUGAUGCAUCACAAGCUCAAGGGAGAUAUAUGACGAGCUACCUUUCUAAUAUAUAUAUUUUUUCCUUUUCUCAAAUUAGGAAUGUAAUUUUUUAAAAUUAGAAAUCGCACUUCAAAGGCAUGGACGUGUACAAGAAAUUGCUUAAGGAGAUGUGUGUUCAGAAAAUAUUGUGCACAAUCAUGAAAUUGGAAGACAUCAUAAGCUAGGCUACUGAUGUUGGUCUGCAUCUAUGAUUUUAGAUGUAUGCAAUUUUAAAUCACCACAA